AUGGUCGGUGCCGCUGUCGUCACAGAGGAGACCCUCGAUCCCCCUCCGCCUCCCCCGCGUCUCUUUGAGCGUCUGCGCCAGAUAGCCGGCUACACCUGGGACGAGUCCAUCCACCCCAUUCACUCGACCUACGAUUACUGGUAUGUUUUUGGAUUUCGACUUGUGCCCCAAGCCCCGACGCCAUCCGCCUCGUCCCAACACACGGCGAGCUCGGCACUCGGUGGCAAGCUGCGUCCCUCGACCGCAGAACAUGGCGGCCAAAACACCCCGGCCUCUGCCAUUGAUAGCGAACCUCUCCCUUCGCCGUCCCUCUUCUCGCGCCCACCCUCGACGACCUCCUUGACCUCUGCUACCGAGUCCGCCUACACCGAAGAACCCAUCGUUGCCCGUAUCUCCCUUCACACUAUCCGCGAAGAGCGGGCUUUUCAAAUCGCCAAUGGCUUCUUUGCCAAGGCCGACCCCAACGCCCGCCACAUUGUCCGCCCGGUCGAUCUCAUAAGGCUGCCCCCGACCUCGGGCGACCGCGCCGCCCUCGUCAUCACCGUCUACCAACGCAUUGGCCCCAACUACCUGCUCCAUGUCCUGGACAUGGGCCCUGCACUCUACAGGGCACGCAAGGAUGGCGAGUCGUAUCAAUCAUACUCCGAGCCCGAAGCUCUUCCCAUGCAGACUAUCAGUUUGGAGCAUUUUCUCAAUUUCGCCAUAGGCGCCGCAGAGUGCCUCGAGACUCUCCACCAUCACCACGGCAUGAUCCACGGCGAGAUUCGUGGCGAUGCAUUUCACUUCAACGUCGAGGCGAACCAGGUUCGGAUCGUAUCCUUUGGUUCCGGCCUGCGAUCGUUCGAGCAUGGGCUAACCAGCACCGGCUGGUCAAUGCUGUCCAAAGAAAUCGGCGCCAAAAAUAAGCUUCUCUACAUCAGCCCCGAGCAGACCGGCCGCAUGCCAGCCGAGCCCGAUAGCCGUACCGAUAUCUACUCCCUCGGCGUCCUCUUCUGGACCCUCCUCGCGCGACAGCCUGUAUUUAGUGGCGACACCCCCCUCGAUAUUGUCCAGGGCGUCCUGAACAGGAAAAUACCAAACGUCACCACUGUUCGCCUAGGCAUCCCUGAUGUCAUUGGACGCAUCAUACAAAGGUGUACGGCCAAAAAUGUGGCUGACCGCUAUCUCUCCGCCAGUGGUUUGCGCCACGAUUUAGUCUCGGUGCAGGAGUAUAUGAGCAAAGGAGACUUGCAAGCCCUUGCUGACAUGCAGAUUGGCUCCAAGGAUGUAUCGUCGUUUUUCUUACUGCCUACCGCCAUGGUUGGCAGGGAUGAGGAAAAGAAAAAACUACUUCGUGUCAUUGACCGUGUAUUCAGAAGUCACUCCUCACAGGCCAAGGGUCCGCACCCCAAGUCUUCUGAUGGCUCUAGCUUCCGCAACGACGCCUUUCUCGCCGAUGACGCCUCUAGUGAAGGCGCUAGCUCGAUUGGCGACGGCAACACCCGGCGAAGCGGUUCCUUCACCCACACAUCCAUCAACGAUCAGAAGAUGUUCAAGGGGAGCUUCCAGUCCUCCGCGCAGACCGAUUCGCAAAACUCAGACAGUGCCUCCACAUCACACUCCAUCAGCACCCUCCCGGCUCCUCGUAUAACCCGCCGUUGGGAACGCCACCAGUCCAUGUCCAAUGACACAAACUCUGCUGUCGACAGCUCUGCCUAUGACGGGAGUCGUCAUGGUGGCAUGGAUUCCGGGGCGUCCGCGCUGUCUCGACAGCUCGGAGCUGCCAAGUUUAGGCGUAGAGGCCAAUGUGAAGUCGUUGUGAUUGAGAGUGCUGGCGGCCUGGGGAAGAGUUGCUUGAUACAAUCUGUAUUGCCCGAUAUUCGCAAACGUGGAUAUUGUGCCACGGCGAAAUUCGAUUCAGCCAGGAGAGCCGCACAUGGUCCCCUUAUUAAGCUCCUGUCAUCGCUCUUCAAGCAGGUAUGGGGCGAGAGAAACACAGACACGCCCUUCCACCAAGCCCUGCGGCAGUAUAUCCGCCCGGUCUGGCCCAUGCUGCAUAAAAGUCUGGGUCUCCCCGAGUUUCUGCUAGGCCCGGCAGACACUGUAGCUUCCCGCACUAUCUCACUAACGCAAAACCCGGGGCUGCGCAACCAUAACCGUGGUGGUAAGCGCAGAGGCUCCUCGCCAGGCAUCUCACCCAGCUCCUCUAGUGGUGGACCAAGCAUUGCCUCCCAGACCGCGCAUGACUUCUUGCGCGCUGGCGCCUCGACAAAGACGAAACGAUUUGUCAACACCUUCCUCGACGUCCUCCGCGUUUUCACACACCACAAGCUCAUCUGCUUCUGCUUGGAAGACCUUCACUUCGCCGAUGAAGAGUCCCUGGAGCUCAUCACCCAAGUCAUUAGCUCUCGUAUGAGAAUGGUCGUUAUUCUCACGCACCGGCCUGAAGAGCUUUCUGCCGAGAAGAUGCAGAGCGUAAUAUAUCCCACAGAGACCCUAGAACUACCCAAAAGCAGUCGGCCUGCCCUGACGACGCUGAAACUGGCUCCAUUUACGGAAGCCGAAGUGUUGAGAUAUGUUGCCGCGACACUAGCUAGACCGACCGACGACAUUUUGUCGCUUGCCAUGGUCAUCCAAUCCAAAACGGCGGGCAAUCCAUUUUAUAUCCGAGAGAUGCUCAGCACAUGCAACCGCAAGCGAUGCAUCUGGUACAACUAUGGCGACUCCCAGUGGCACUACGACUUGGACAAAAUAUUUGCCCAGUUUCAAGGCGAAAAAGACUUUGACGUGCUCGACACUGAUUUCAUUACCCGUCGACUCAACGAACUACCUCCGGCGGCACGAGCUGUUCUGGCGUGGGCAGCUCUCAUAGGAAGCUCAUUUUCUUUUGGACUCAUAUGCCGUUUGAUGGAUGCCGACUACGAAUUCGAGGAUGAAACUCCCCUUUGCGCUCUCGAAUCUCCCACGCACAACAAGUACACACGGGGUGAGGCCAUCGAGGGUCUGCAGGCGGCUGUGCAAGCCUACAUCCUUGUUCAAAGCGAGACUGAGGACCGCUUUCGAUUCGCGCAUGACCGAUACAUACACGCUUCGUCGGGACUGAAGGAGUGCAAUGAACAGAAGAUGCACUUCAUUAUUGCCCAAACUCUCAUGAAACACUAUGCUGAUGAUCCAAGGGAACGAGCCGGCGCUGCUAGGCACAUUUGCAAGGCGGCCGCUUUGAUCAAGACACACCUACCAGAACGAGAGCACUUCCGCAUACUUCUCAGAGACGCCGCCCAAGAAGCUGUCGAGAGCGGAGCUAGACCCACGGCUUCCAAAUAUUAUAGCAAGGCCCUGCAAUUGCUACAACCUAAUGCAUGGGAACCAGGCAGCCGUGAUGUCAGCUACGACGAGACUCUUCAGCUCUACCUCCGCACAGCCGAGUGCUAUCUCUAUAUGAGCAAGUUGUCCAAGGCCAACGACUUGCUGUCAGUCAUCUUCGCCAACGCCAAGACACCGCUGGACAAAGCCCCAGCCUCCGUGCUGCAGUCCCGCAUCUUCGCGCAGAACGGCAACUCGAUAGCUGCCGUGAUAUCACUCAAGGAUUGUUUGUCUACUAUCGGUGUGGAGGUGGAAAAAGAACCUACAUAUGAGGCAUGCGAUAAGAAGUUUGAGGAGCUGACGACAAAGAUCAAGCUGAUGGAUCGGUCCGCGAUUACAGGUGUCCAGACUACCAGCGACCCAGUCAUGACAUCAAUUGGCGCCGUUUUGUCCGAAUGUUUGUCUGCCGCCUGGUGGAGCGACUGUUUGGAGUACUACUAUCUCACGCUGGUCAUGCUCGAGACCCAUCUCACUCGGGGUGCGUUCCCGCAGUCUGGCAUGGCGUUCCUGAACUUGGGUGUCAUAGCCCUCUGUCGAUUUUCCAUGGCCGAGUUCGCCGUUGAGCUUGGGGUCAUCUCUCAGGAUCUGCUCUAUGAUGGGCGCGAUACGUUUUCCAUUGCGCGCGGUCAGAUGCUCCACACGUGCUUCCUGGCGCAUAUUCAUUGCUCCAUGCCGCUUGCUGUCGCGCAGACGGAAUAUGCCAUUGAGCUAGCUUCCGUUGGUGGCGAUCGGAUGUCGACAAUUCUCAGUUACGGACUCACUGCCCAUGCCAAGUUCUUCGCAAGCGAAAAUCUUGACGACCUCGAAAGCUAUUGCCAGUACGCAUGCGAAGAGAUCCCUACCUGGAAUUCUGACACAAGAGGUGGUGCCAUGAUUGUCGCUAUCCACCAGACAUGCCGAGCUCUUCAAGGUAAGACGCGUGUGGGCGAUGCUCUUGGUAUCAUGUCUGAUGAUCAGCACAACGGUCCUCGAUACAAGACGUGGCUCAUGACGCAGACGCAAGGGAGCAAUCGAUCCAUUCUCUUGUACGAAAGUGUCGAGCUAGUCAAUUUGUUCUUGUACGGGCAUUAUGAAAGAGCAGUUGAGCUGGGCGGACGAUGCUACCACCACCUGGACGCCCUCUGGUCUGCGCGGAACAGUCGCCUGAUUCUGCUGUUUUACGGUCUGGCCAGGGCAGGACAACUUCUAAGACAAAUGCAAGACCCGCGCUCGCCCACGGCCAACUUUUCAGCGCAGACACAAGAAAUUGUCAAGGAGAUGCAGGGCUUUGUUGACAAGAUCAAAGAGUGGUCAACUGUGUCGGAUAUCAACUAUCUCUGCUGGUUGCGCCUGCUCCAGGCUCAGAUGGUGGAGCUUGUUGGUAACCACGGCGAAGCGGUGCAACACUAUGAAGAGGCCCUGGACCAUGCUAGCGAGCACGGGUUUGCUUUUGAAGAAGCCCUGGGAAAUUACCUCAUGGCUGGCUUCUUCCUUCGCCGGCGCGCGAGACGAUCGGCCCGAGCCGCCCUUCUGGAGACUGUUGGCCUGUAUCGUCAGCUCGGGGCAACUGGUGUUGCCAAGGCUAUUGAGGAGGAGCACUCGUUACUGCUUCGCGGACCUACCCGAAGUCACCAAACUGCAGAUGCCGCAAUACAGACUGAUUUCGUCACGGAGGCAUCAUCGGGCCAAUAUGCUCAUGCGGACGGCGAAGACGACCACCAGCUCACCCAAGUCAAUUCGCAUAAUCUUAUGGAUGCUAAAGGUGACAGAAUAGGAGCCUGGCGCGGCUCCGUGGAUCUGCGGAAUAACGACGCGCCCGGAUUCCCCACACUCGACAUGAUUGACCUACAUGCCAUUCUGGUUUCUUCUCAAGUUAUUUCAUCCGUGUUGCAAAUUGAUGAGCUGCUCAAGACUAUGUGCGAUGUCAUUUUGCAGACUUGUGGAGGUUCGGCUACUCUUGCUGCCAUUGUUGUACAGGAUCCUGACGGAGACGGCAAUUCGUGGUGCAUCGCUGCCAGUGGUGAUCCUGAGAAAGGCGCCUCUGCACACAACCCUGGCCUCCCCCUUGCCACAAACUCAUUGAUUGCGGAUAAUGUAGUUCUCUACUGCACACGCUUCCGCGAAGCAGUAUUCAUUCCCGACCUCAGCGUUGACGAGCGUGCAGGCAACGUCAACGACACGUGGCUGCAAAAGAAUCCACUUGGCAGAUCUAUCAUUGCUAUUCCCAUCACACACGGCAACAAACCACUUCUCGGCGUCUUGUAUAUGGAGGGCGAACCCCGCUCAUUUACAGAUCGCAAUGUCACGGUGCUGCAGCUCUUGGUGAACCAGCUCGCCAUCAGCUACUCAAACGCCCACACCAUGAAGAAUCUCGAAAAGGUGUCUGCAGAAAAUCGGUCGAUGGUGUCUCUCCAGCGCACGGCGCUGAAAAAGGCGCGUCAGGCGGAAACCAAGGCCAAAGAUGCUGAAGCUGAAGCGAACCGCAACGUCAAACUUGCCGAGGAGGCGGCCAAAGCAAAGUCUAUAUUCUUGGCCAACGUGUCGCACGAGCUGCGGACGCCGCUCAAUGGUGUCAUUGGCAACUCUGAGCUGCUCCGGGAUAGUGAACUGAACAGAGAACAGAUGGAGAUGGCCGACUCGAUUCGAGUGUCUGCAGAUCUGCUCUUGACCGUCAUCAACGACAUUCUCGACUUCUCCAAGAUGGAGGCGGACAAGAUGAAGCUCUACAUUAUCGCCUUUAACCCCGAGGAAAUGGUUCGAGAGGUGGUGCGCGCUGUGUCGUACAGCAACCGUGAAAAGACGUCUAAGAAGAAUGUCAAGAUUAUUCAAGACAUUAAUCUACCAUCGAUGUUGAUUUAUGGAGACCCCAUUCGUCUUCAUCAAGUAUUGGGUAAUCUGAUUGGCAACAGCCUCAAGUUCACAGAUGACGGAUCCAUCACGAUUGGGGCACGCCUAGAAUCGGAAACUGUCAAGAGUGCGACUCUCACAUUUUGGGUUCGGGACACGGGUAUCGGCAUCCAUCCACAGCAGCUCGCCAAGCUGUUCCAGCCGUUCAGUCAAGCCGAUGCUGGAACGGCGAGAAAGUAUGGUGGCAGCGGUCUUGGUCUCAGCAUUUGCAAGUCUCUGAUCGAGGUCAUGAUGAAGGGCAAGAUUCGGCUAGAAAGUGGAGAUACGGCGGGCACAACGGCCUGGUUUACAGUAACAUUCGAGAAGACGGAGGCGGAUGUUUCGGCUGGUGAUGCGCUUGCCAAAACAUCACCAUCCAUUGAUCGGUACACGAGUUUGUCACCCAGCUAUGACCUGCAAAUGGCUCCCAGACCGACUAUGAAUCUAUCCAAGCUCGCGACGGAGGAUAUCCGCAUCUGCAUCGCCGAAGAUAACCCGAUCAAUCAAAAGAUUGCCAUUCAGUAUGUGAAGCGGCUCGGAUACCGCCAUGUUGUGGCUUAUGAAAAUGGUAUGAAGGCCAUUGAGGGUCUACGUGCCAAAGCAAAGGAAGGACAGCCGUACCAUAUUAUACUCAUGGACGUCAUGAUGCCUGUUCUUGAUGGUUACGAAGCGACAAAGCUCAUUCGCAAGGAUCCGAUGGAGGCUGUGCGAAAGAUUCUUGUCAUUGCCAUGACAGCGUCGGCGAUCCAGGGCGACAGAGAAAAGUGCUUGGCGGCAGGUAUGAAUGACUAUCUGGCCAAGCCAGUGCGCGCCGAUGUGCUUCGGCGGAAGCUGGACGCCUAUGUCAAUGCGCCCGAGAAUCCAUUCCCGACACCGUCACCCAGCCCGCUGGAGAUUUCGCAGGCCGAGUAUGACGCGAGAUUGAGAGCGGUUGUGGAGCCUGUCCACGAGCAGACAUUCAACCGCCAAGCGCUGCGGACGGAAGCUAGCAUGGAUCCUAUGGAAGAGGGCGCCGUCUUUAACCAGCCGCUUGACUCGGAAGCGCUCCUCGCGUGCGACAGUCCCAUAUUUGGGUCGUCCACGCCGACGUUUCCAAGCCGUAGCCGGUCCAUCACCAGCUCGGCAUCGACGACGCGAAGCCCCUCUGAACCGUCCCGCGACAAUGACAAGGCCCAAUCGAUGCGACCAAACGCGGAUGGCAAAGCCAAAGCUUUGGCCGAGAACGGGAAUGGGACCAUGGCGAAUGGUAAGAGCGAGAGCUGA